AUGCUCAAGAGCGUCGUUCUUGCUCGCAGGCAACAUCUCGAUCAUUUUGUGCUUUUCAAAAGAUGCGACCCUUCCGUUCAGCGGCCACCACUCAUGCCUUUUCGUCGGACAGUAGCCCUCAAUGCAUCCCGUCGCCCGGACCAAGCUCAUCCGGAUCGCGCAUCUCCAACGUCGAGGAGGCCCCUCAAUCACAACGCUUUUUUUCAACGCAAAGUCCCCAAUAUAGACAUGCCUCCCAAGAUUGUUGCCCUAAUCAAGGAUGUGCUAACCAAAUACGCCGCCCACAGGGAGAUCCCAAAGUCCAUCCACGCCAUCCUCGCCAAUCCUUCUGUGUCGGAAUUUCUGUUAGAAAAGGACAGCGUUCGAAAGUUGGCAGAAAAUUUUGCUUGUUCUCGGACCCCUCAACGGUCGCUCGACCUUUUGAGACUCGCCCACCACCUCGGGUGCUCCAUGAAGCAGAAUGCUUACGAAUGUGCAACAUUCCAGCUUGCGUUAUCAAAACAGUGGAGACUAGUCCUCGCUCUCGUCGCACAGGGAAAACAACACACCGGAAGAACCACUUCUCGCUUGCUGAAUUGGCGUGCUCGUGCAUUGACAGAGGUCCAACUUUUCAACCUCUUGCAUACGGUUCUCGAAGACUUCAAAAGGCAUCAUAUUACCCCAACCAGACGAACGUUCCACCUUAUCCUGUCUGGGCAUAUUCGAAAUCACGACCUCGCUCGAGCCAAGGACUGUUUGCAUGCAAUGGACAAUGCUGGAUUCCCUCCAGACGCGUCUACCCAUGCCACGAUCGCCAAUUACUAUCGAUCAUUUGGUACGAACCCUCAGAUAGAAGAGGGGGCCCUAGCGAACUUAUCUCUUCUGCAUCCCGUUGUGGCCGUAAGCGUUGCCAACAACUUGAUACGUACUCACCUAGACUCACAAGAUCUUUACAAUACCCACCGAAUCUUAUCUCUAUUCCACAGGGCAGACAUCGAGGCUAUCUUCGGGGUCGUCUUUGGCAGCGAUGGCACAUUUGGCGUCGAAAAACGUUUACCCCCGCCUCCGUCGUUUGGACCUCUCAAACCCAAUGCUGCAACGUUUGAAAAUUUUCUCAAUCACAGAGUCAGCCAUUCCGAUCUUUCAGGCGCACUUCGACUUUUGGACGCAAUGGUUUCGCAGGACAUUGCCCCAACCCCAAGAACUAUGGCGUCUCUGAUAAACGUUUACUUCGCGGCAAAGCAAGGACCCGCCGCGGUCCAGCUGGUCGCAGAUGUAUGCGAUAAGCAAUACACGCGGCUUUUCAAGCCGCUUAUGUCGCAAACUUCACCUACCACACUGCAGAGUCACUUUGCUGGGGUUUUACCCAACGUGCAUGUCUUCAAUUCCCUUCUCAAAGGCUUAUUAUCGGCCCAUGGAUUGGGGUGUGUACAACACAUUUUACGGAUCAUGAAGGUUACGAACGUCGCCCCAAACGAAAAAACCGUUGAGAUUCUUCUUGCGCAUCUAAAUCAGGUUGAAAAGGCUAGACCGAGGGAUCUUCUAAGAGUUUUGCGGAAACUUUUAUCACCCUCUAUCGUCCCGACUCUCCGGCACUUGCACAUCCUCGUAAGUUGCAUUCUACGCCAUGAGAAAUAUCUGCUUUACGGUUCCGGCUGGAAUGCGUUUGCUCGCAAAUACUCCCAGACUCAACGUCAGCCAGCGGGGAAGCGAUUGUGGCUCUCUACGGCCACGUCUUCAAUGGACCCACUUGCUGGGGUUGAUUUGGUCCCACAUUUGGGGCGUCAGAAUCUAGCACGACCCAUAUUAGCGUCCUUGGCUCACCAUGAUGUUAGAAGUGAUGGACCAGCUCUUGCCUUGCGCAUCAGACAUGAUGCGGUGAUACAAUCAGACAUGGACUCGGCUCGAGAGAUCUUCAGCGACCUUUUGGCUCGUGGAAUACAUCCAAACGAAUAUCAUUUCAGUGCCCUGAUGGAAGGAUACGCACGCUCAGGUGAUCUCGAAGCUGCUGUUGAUAUGCUGGAUUCGGCAAAACAAUCCGGAAUCAAACCCAAUGUCGUCAUGUUCACCAUUCUCAUUGUCGGUCACGCCCGCCAGGGGAAUCCCCGUCUUUCCCUCCAGGUUUUCAAGGAUAUGGUCGCGUCAGAAAUCGUGCCCGACGUUCCGUCCAUUGAUGCGGUGGCAAGCGCAUUUUACGCUGUGGGGUCAGGUUCCAUGGCUAGAAAAGUGCUGAUCACUCUGUGGCCUUACAUCCAAUCCUUUCCAGCAUCGAUCCGCGACUUACCUUUGAAGGAAUUAGCCUCCCAUUUCCGUUCUCUUCACUCCAACCCUUCGAACACCAGGUCGACAGUGUCUAAGGAGCAACGGUUACAGAUAUAUCGCGAGCUGGUCGACGUGACUAAAUUAUGGUUCAUUGACAGACGAAGACCACUUAACCGUAAGCGUUGUCGUAACCUACAACGUCCGGCGAGAGCUCGUAGCCAGGCGUAG